AAAGAGAGGAACUAGGCCUGUUGCAGGCGGGUGUCUUCAGACUGACAGGGCCCCCAGAGGGUCCCAGGACCGAGCACCGCUCUCCAUGCUGCCCCGCCUCACCUUGCUCCUCCUGAUGGGGCUGUCUGUGUGCACUGUGGCAGGUGAUGGAGGAGAGGAGCUGGCCCUUAGCGCCGAAGCAGGGUCCUGGGUAACCGUGACCCUGGAGGAAGGCACUGCCCCCAGCAUCCAGUUCCAGCUUCAGCAGGUGAAGAGGGGCAAGGCGAGCCAGUUCUUUGGGCUGAUGGGAAAGCGGGUGGGAGGAUUGUCUCCCAUCCAGUCAGUGAGCAUAACAGGAGAUCAGAGAGGACGAAUGGACCAGGCCCUCCUGGACAGGAAAGGAGCGUCUACAGGAGAGCUCUCCCCAGACCAAGAGGAUGAGGAGCCAGGCUCAGGGUGAGCCCCAACUGCACGCUUCCAGAGGACAAAACCCUCUUCUCCUUCCCUGGACGACGUCACAAUGAGCAGCCAGCCAGGCCAAUUCCCUCUCCGUGUGUCUCCUGCUCUCAGUACUGGCGUCUCACCCCAGGCCUGCACCGACUCACUGCAUCUCCUUCCAGGAUUCUUGGUCCCAAGCAGCAGUCAUACAUCAGCAUUGUCACUUGCGAGCUGGAGUGACACUUCUUCCCUCAGCACUCCAAGCUCUCAUCUCACUGUAUCUAUAGGAGGCAUGAGUCUCACACAUUUCCUUAUCCCUUGUGCCAGCAUACACAAAAAAUA